AUUCAGCCGGAUGAGAGACCUGAGUUCCAUCCUAACAAGACAACUUUACAAUGGUUUCAUCAAGACUAUCCUAGGGUUCGGAGAGAGGUAAAAAUGUAUGAAUGUACAAUACGACCUGGAGAAGUGAUUUAUUUCCCGGAUAAGUGGUGGCAUGCAACUUUAAACUUGGAUACAGCCGUGUUCAUCUCAACCUUCCUCAGUCCGUAGAAACCUUUUAGUAUUCUUAACAAAUUUACAUUCUGCAUUUAGUUCAAUUAUUUUUAUUUAUUUUAUGGUUUUCAAGAAUUAUUAUUCAACCUACAGUUAAAGUAUGAUGUCCUGCAGCCUAUGUUACUGCUAUUUUUAGGAAAGUUAUAUGUACAUUGUACGUGAUGUCACGUAAAGAAAAUUGAAAAUAUUAUUUUGUAUUUUUUACAAAAGAUCUCAAUCUCACUUUUUACUUUUUAUGUGCAAUAUUUAAUAUCGUUAUCAACUGAAAAUAUUAAGUUUGUGAUAAAGUAGUUUUCAUGUAUCUGUUUUUUGUGUUUUAAGUUUUAUUUUUUAUUUUUAGAGAAAAUGUCCGGAGGGUGGAGGGAGGAUAUUUUGUUCAAGUUGAAGCGGAGAACGAAUGAGCAGGUUUCUCCGUUUCAGAACUUAAUCCUUAUCCAAACUAAACUAAUAGAACGAAAUUCCAUCCUGGAGGAGGAGAACACCUCACUCAGUACUCUAGCAGAGAAUCUCAAGCUGGAGAACCGACAACUAGAAGCUUCUAUUCAUAGUAGAGCUGCAGUAUCUCAAGCAGCUGAUAGUGUCACAGUUAACGAGCUUCAUCAGAAACUGUUUCGUCUACAAGAAGAGCUUACAGAGAUGCACAGACGGAAAGGAGAAAAUGCGCAGCAGGUAAUUGACCUCUCCGCGGCCUUAAAACUCUCAGAUAAGGAGAUUUCAACGAAAAAUUUAGCAAUAGAAUCCUUAGAAGCCGAGAUGAUGAUACUAAAACAAGAUUUAACCAACUUCCAAUCUAGUCUGCAGGAAUUAGAAAGUACAAACCAGUUGUUAAAGGACGAGUAUCAAGCGUUGCAGUUGGCGUUAACAACAGCAGAGACUAGUCUCAGCUCGGUUAAGAGAGAAAACGAUACCUUGGUCGUUCAACUUAUGGCUCUUAAGGCAAAGGACGCGGAUCGGAUGAAUCUAGAGAACGAUUUAUUUAUGUUGAAAAAGCAGCAAUUAAUGCAGUUGGAACUAGCAGAGGCAGCUAGUGAGUUCAGACAUAUACCGGAGACGGCGAAUCAGGGAAUUACAACAUUUCGAACAGUUACUGGAGUGACUGUUCCAACUAAAGCAGCGUUUAAGUUUGAAGCCCAUGAGGGUGAAGUGAUGUGUGUUCAGUGGGACUUCGGGGGCAGAUACUUCGCUACUGCAGGAACAGAUCGGAAAAUCAAGGUUUGGGAGAUAGAGAGGUUACAACAAGCGGAGUGUAAAGCCAUCCUUACUGGUAGUAAUGCAGCUGUUAUGGGAGUAGAUUUUGAUCUCAACGGAACUAUGGUACUUGGAGCUAGUAAUGAUUAUGCCACUAGAGUUUGGACGAUCGACGAUUGCCGUCUUAGACACACGUUGACUGGACACUCGAACAAAGUUUUAUCCGCCAAAUUUUUCGGCGACGCUACACGUGUUGUGAGUGGAAGCCAUGAUAGAACAUUAAAGAUCUGGGAUUUGCGAAGUAAAGCUUGCAUCUCAACUAAAUUUGCAGGAUCGUCGUGCAACGACGUCGUGACGACAGAAAUGUCUGUGAUCAGCGGUCAUUUUGACAAGAAAGUCAGAUUUUGGGACAUACGGUCUUCCUCCGAACCCUUGCAUGAAGUUAUUGUCGGUGGGAAAGUGACAAGUCUAGAUCUCACUAAGGAUAAAAACUAUCUGGGGAUCUGCUCCCGAGAUGAUAAGCUGAGUAUAGUAGAUCUCCGAACCAACGGUGUGGUCGGAACGUAUAGUGGAGAGGAGUUCCAUGUUGGUUGCGACUGGAGCAGAAUUAGUUUUAGUCCUGACGGACAAUAUAUCUCUGCUGGAACAGGUGAAGGAAACCUUUAUGUUUGGAACGUGUGUACGGGCGUUGUGGAGAAGGUUCUACGCGGACAUUCUUCAGGAAUCUACGCAGUUUCUUGGCACCCGACUGGACUAAAUAUUCUUUCCGUAGAUAAAUCUAAAACAUGCUAUGUUUGGUCAGAUAUGUAAACUUUUCAAAUUAAUCAAUGCUUCCUUGGAUGUACUUAGAAUUUCAAUCUACGUGUUAACAAAAUAAUAUUGAUAUUCUUUUACAGUAAAGCUUAGUGUUAAAUAUUUUUAGAAGAAGAAAAACGGCAGGAAAUAAAAAAAAUGUAUUUACAUCAUUCAUUUAUAUCACGUUUGUAUCACACGCUCUAAUUUUCAGCCAUGAUUUAUAAUGCUUAUUAAUCAAAAGAAUACAGCUCUUUAAAUGAAAUAUCAAAAUAAUCUAUAAAAGGAGUUCUAGUCCCGCUUAUUCUGUGAUAUUCCUUAGUUUCAGCGCGCAAACCCUUAUUUACUUAGGUUUUCGGACCUAAACAUAAUUUCAUAGUUUUUUUCAUAUGUAUGGUAAACAUCUUGGAUUGAGAUUUGCUCAAUUUUUUCGAAUAUUCCAUCACAUUUAUUCUAAAUUCAUUAAAAAUGGAUUUUAUGUGAAUUUUGAGAAGCUAUGGCGAGAAAUUGUGAUAUUUUAAUUAUAUUUUGUUGGUUGCUAAAGUAAAAUAAUCUAUGUUUUAA